AUGAAGCACGUCAAGGACUGGCAUAAACUGGAUACGGCUUGCUCAACCCGCCGGGAUGGCCGUCCAUGGAAGCGGCCCGUCACUGAUGAUGAAAAGCCGGUGCCGGAGGUCGAGAUCCUGUGGUCGUUUCCGCAGCAUGUAGAAGGCGGGAAAGCUGCUGGUGCCGAGACUCGGCCUCUGGCAGAGAGCGAGGAGGGACCUGAGACCAAGGGUGCAAAGCUGGAGAUUGGGGAGGGCCAUGCCCAGGAAGAGGAGCCCAAGGACGAGGAGCCCAAGGACGAGGAGCCCAAGGAAGACGAGGUCAAGGAUGACGACGACAAGCACGACGAGGUCAAGGAUGACGGGGGCAAGGACGACACGGGGGAUGAGGAUGAUUGGGAGACGGUUGAAGAGGAGACGAAGGACGAGGACCCCGAGGACCCCAAGGACCCCAAGGAGCCCGAGGACGCGAAGGACUCGGAGGAUGGGACGGAGGAUGAGUCGGAGGACAGUGACAGUGGAUCUGCAUCUGGAGUAGAUGGGACCGAUAAUCUCCGCACCGUGGAGGGCGAGCACGACGAGGAGCUUCGCCCAUACUACGACGAGGACAUCCCAGAGACCGACGACGAUAUUCCCGAAGAUUCUCCCCUUUCCCCAGGCAAGACUCGUGCCAAGCGCGUGGUGGUUCUCGGCAACCCCUCGGACCGCCGAAGUGCAUGGUACUUCAUUGACGAGACGGGCGACAUACUGGCCAUCGACAUCGACACCGCCCCCAGCCCGCAUCGCCUACGCGAGACGCAGCGCGUGGUUGGGCUAUCGCGGGAGACGUUCAUCUCGCAGCGUGUCCUUGCCCUCUUCGCCACCACGUCCAAAGACGAAGACGGAAAGAUCACCCUCCCCGCAUACCUGCAUCGCGCCGCCGUGGGAUGUAAGCGCUGCCAAGCGCUCCGCCACGCAUGCUACCCCCAGCUCGUGGUCGCCAACGGGAGGGUCACGUGGGAGAACGGCAGCUGUCUCGAGUGCAGCGCGGAGACGGUGAAGUGCGAGUGGGACGAGGUGGUGUGCCAGGCAGAGGUGAUGAGCAAGGACGGCGGGGUCGAGAUGACGCCGAGCACGCUCGACCCCCAUGUCAUCGUCGAGGUGGUCGCUUCCACCGCGAGUUGA